AUGAAGCGUUUUAUCAUUUCUGUUUGUUGUGUGUUCUAUUACGUAAAAAUAUUGAGGUGUUCAAGCUACGAAGAAGUUGAAGAUGACUACAUGGUAAAUAAAUAUUACAAUGAUGAAGUGUCAAGUUUCGAAAGGAAUGACGAUAUGGUGCCGGAUAUAUAUCUUCUAAAAGGAAACUACCAGAGGCUGAAAGAGGAUAAUCCUCAAGAACAGUACUCGGCUGAAAAGAAGGCGGGAGAUAUAACCGACUUAAUCGGAAUAAACGUUCAUUAUCGACAGCCUAAUAUUUACGACGACCUUGGAAGACGGUUCAUGUUUCAUAAUUACGGAUCCCAAAAAAGACGUAAUACAAUGGACACAAUCGAAGAUCGCCUAACGCCUGUGAAGGCUCCACCAGAAUUCGUUUUAGCCGUAGCGAAGGAGUCAGCAAAAUUACAAGCCGCAAAUCCAAUCCAUGACACUGACGAAAUCAUCAGAAAAAAGGUUUUAAGGUCUGGGGACUAUUGGGACUCCGUGUGGGUGGAAAAUGUAAAAGAUCCAGAUAAAAUUUUGAGAUCGAGAAACGACGAAAAUUUACCUCCUAAACUUGCAACAGUGAAGGCGAACAUAAUGCCAGGGUCUAAAUUAUACCGGCUGAUAUCUGUAUUGAAACAAAUUUCACCCCGUCUCAUCUACGUUAUUAAUACGGCUAAAGAUAAU